AUGAGGAUAGGGUGUCUGCAGUUCGCACCCAAGGUUGGAGAUGUCGAUAACAACCUCAAUCUCGCGGACGAUAUCCUAAACAGAACCAAUCCGGAGGAUUUGGACCUUUUAGUCUUACCGGAACUAGCCUUCUCUGGCUACAAUUUUAAAACACUCCGGGAGAUAUACCCUCACCUGGAGCCAACCGGAUCCGGCAUCACCUCAGUAUGGGCUCGAACGACCGCCUUGAAGUACAACUGCGCUGUAGCAGUGGGCUACCCCGAAAGUGCUGAUGUAUCUUACAAAUGGCCCACGUCCCCCGAAUACUACAAUUCUCUGAUAUUGGUCAAUCAAGAUGGUGAUACUUGGGCCUUGUAUCGGAAGUCUCACCUUUACUAUACGGAUGAGUCAUGGGCACUGGAAGGGUCUGAUGGGUUCUGGAAAGGUUAUCUACCCGGCGUCGGGAAGCUUGCAAUGGGUAUCUGCAUGGACAUUAAUCCGUAUAGGUUUGAGGCUCCGUGGGACGAAUUCGAGUUUGCAACACACGCCUUGAAGCAUUCAGCUAACGUAGUGAUCGUAUCAAUGGCAUGGCUUACCCACGACAACCCCAGCGAGUUCACUACCCAUCCUAAGGAACCAGACAUGGACACAUUGACUUACUGGGUCCAGCGUAUGGAACCUAUGAUACGUUGCGAAAGCGAAGAGGAAAUCAUUAUUAUUUUCGCAAAUCGAUCAGGAAUGGAAAGCGACGUAUUGUAUGCAGGAACCAGCGCAGUAUUGGGAAUUCAAGGUGGCGAGGUGACAGUCUAUGGUCUUCUGGGAAGGGGUGAGAAUGAAUUGCUCGUGGUCGAUACAAGCCAACCAGGCUUGGCAAAACUGGUGUACCGUCCGGAAGGAGAGACGGAUAUCUCAGUGAAAGAUGGAACAGAGGGAAGGGAUUCGGACGCAAUGUCUCAAACACCACAAGGCCCGCGAACAAAAUUAUCCGACCACCAACAUAAUACGUUAUCGGAAACAGAGUAUCAUGCAGCAGAGCGCACCAAUGAGCCCAGCCGUCGCGCUGGUGGCCAUGUGUUCAUACCCUCGGACGCCGUCAGCACUCAGACUCUAGAAGUUGCUGCAUACAUUGACAACGAGUCUCCAAUAUCGCCGCGGUAUUUCUGGAACCCACCAGGGACCAACACCGGGAGCCAGUCUCAAGUUCCUUCGUUCAGUAUCAACAAUACCUAUGAGCAGUGGCACGCCAUGCUGAACCAGGACGAUGGCCGCUCGGAGGAAAUCGAGAACGACGAUAUCGAGUCAAUCACAUCCGACAUUGAGCCAGUUUCUGAGUUCUCUGCCCUCGUAGAAGGUCUUUCUCAUUCCAAAAGCCAGCAGGAGGCAGUGUUGUCUCGUCCCUUCUCGACAAAAUCUCAGAAUGCAAGUCGUAACCAAAAACAUCGCAGUGCCGGUCGUUCUACCCAGCUGUCGAACAACGUAUCAAAUGACGGCGUCUCACACAGUUACACUUCAACGGUGCCAGAGGACACCGGGCCACGAGUCGCCGCAAGAGAUCGUCAUGGCACGACGUACGAGACCAGUGGCAUAGCCACUCACCAAGCAGGUCCUAGAUCGCCCGACUUGGAGAAAAUAGACGCUGAUCUCAUGGUGUUUGAGGAGGAGGGUACAGUUCAACAAAAACGUGACAGUCUUCUGUGUCACGUAGACGACGAUGAUUAUAUAGUGUUGCAAACAGCACGUAAAGAUCGGAUAUCUCGCCACCCGAAGAGCGUGCACUCGCCCGCAAGGUCUAGCCGUUCAAGCUCUAUACAAAGACCUCGGCAGUCUGGUUCAAAGAAACAGGACGAUAAUCGAUCUAAUCUUCGAGGAUCGGAGUUGGACAAAGAUGGGUACGAAAUUGACAAGAGCAAAACGCGAACCCCCAUAAUGACUCACCAAAAGCAACGAAGUGGUCAAUUGGAUGUGCUGUCGCCGUUUCCGAGUGACACAAAGAGCAAGACUCAGCGCAGCCACAUACCGACAGAUGCACGCUCAUCGCUCUCAUCACAGCGAAGCCGCCAGCUCGCCAGACAAGAAAAUGUCACCCAUUAUGAAAAUGGAGGUACUGAUUUCCUGCAUGAAGUCCCUGGCAAGAAAAGCAAACGCGGACCUCAAUACGGCGGCUCAUCUGCACUUGCACGAGAAAGGACUUCUGAUAUCCCUGUCGUAUUUUCCCCUGAUAUAUUGGAUAGAAAGUCAAGGCUUAAUGCUUCGGCCAUCACGAGCGCAGGGACGCCAGAAACAGGAAUCGCGUUUACAGAUGCGGUCCCAGAUAAUUUUUCACUUACCCCUAAGGCCAUGGUCUUUGAUGACAAAGAGAUAUUGAGUAGCCCUGCCUUAAGCCAAGCGAUGAGUGCAUUAGCUCUGAAUUAUCAGUGCGAAGCAACAGAUAUCGCCGUCGGAAGGCCAAGGAGUGCUAUUUCGUGA